AUGGAGCAGAGCUGGGAGUACAGGCAGGUCCAGAUUCACAAGCAUGAGCGCGGGACCCAUAAGAUAUUUUUCACUGGCAAGGCAGCUGAGGCAGCCUCGCGCCGCUUCGUCUGUUGCUCCAAGGGCCCGGGCUUUUCAACGCCCGCGGGGCAGGACUUUCACUGGAUCGUGGCUGCAGAGCCAGGACAAACUGGGGUGAUUGUCGCAUCCAUCCAGACGCAGUUUUGGCUCUUCGAUUGCGAUUGCGCUUUUCUGACCCAUGGAUGGUUGGAGGCAUCAGAUCAAACGCUUCUGUCCUUGCCAGCCGGCGCUGCGGAGUUUCUCGCAGUGAGCUUUUCCUUCGAAAAUGACUUGGCCGAUGUCGCCUUAGACGCCUUCGUGCCGGAGGUUUCGGAGUUGCCAGCAUGUCUCCAGGAUGGCUAUCACAAGUUCUACCAGGCAUACAAUGCCAUCGAUGGCUACCAACUGUCGCAUGAUGCGCAAGGUAGCUACACGACCUCAGCGCUCACAUAUGGAGAGAGUCAUUUUGUGCCUGUCCAUCGCCUUCUGACAUUGCUGAAGGUGACCGCUGGGGACAUGCUCGUUGACCUGGGAAGCGGAACCGGUCGACUCGUUGCUGCCGCUGCGCUGGCGUUUCCUUCCUUGCGCUGUCGUGGCAUUGAGCUGCUUCCGGCCCUCCACACUGCGGCCGUCAACGUCGCCGCACAACUCCAGGUUUCUGGACUGGAGCUGGUGCAGGGAGACAUUUUGGAGGAGGACUGGUCUGCGGCCACAGUUGUAUUCGCCAUGUCCCUUUGCUUCCCGGAUGACAUGAUGAAGGCCUUGGAAGCCAAGUUCGCCUUGCUGCGUCCAGGGAGCCGUGUGGUGCUGAUGAACUGCUUUUUGGAGUCGGAUUUGUCGGGUCUGGAGCCGCUGCGGCUGGGAGCGCAGGAGCCUGCCCACGCGGUGCGCGUUGAGAUGUCCUUUGGGGAGACUCCGCUGUAUGCGUUUGAGCGGGUCGACCAAAGGCGGGAGCCGGCACCUUUUGUGGAUCUGAUGGUGGACUACAGCUGCAAUCACAUGGUUCGGCUUUUAGCUCGCGAGCAGUGGUGGGCUGCCCGGCCCGAGCUGAGGACUGCACGAGGAUUUGCUUGUAGACAGCUGCCAAUGCGAAACUCGGGAUUGCAGAAGAAGGUCGCACAGGUGACAGCAGGACCGCAGGAGCACAUUGCAAUACGUAUGCUGCCACUGAUGUGUGCGAGGCAUGUUGUAUCAUUUCAGCUCAAGAUGCUGCUCAAGAUGAUGACAUUCAAGGCAACUGUAGCACAGCUGGGGUUUGUUUUGCUGCGAUCCGGUUCCGCUGCGUUCCGCUUGCUAAUGGAACUUGGGCUGAAGCAACAAUUGCCGCACUGGCUGGCUGCGCCGCCCCGAUCAGUGGAGUACCAACCGAAUGUUCGUGCACCCAGUGCGUCAUGCACGCGCACCAGAUGCUUGACAUGGCAAUGGUGGGUCCUGGUGGGUGCUGGCAGAACACUCAUGGUAUCAGCGGCCAUUGGACUUCAGAGAUUGUUCGUCCGGCGAGUUGCGUGUGCGAAGCGCGUGCUGGUUGUAAACACGGCCAACAAGAGCCAUGAGAACACACUGCAGCAAGUGGACCCUGAGUUGGCGGAUAUGCUAUGUCGAGAGCGCGAGCGACAAGUGUCAAGCAUCAACUUGAUUGCAUCCGAAAAUUUUGCGUCGGAGCAUGUUUUCCAAGUUCUGGGGUCCGAGCUCAACAACAAGUACUCUGAAGGGCUUCCUGGGGCUCGCUACUAUGGCGGGAAUGCUGUCGUUGAUGAGGUGGAACAGCUUUGCAAGGCACGGGCUCUGGCAGCUUUCCGCCUGUCUGAGGAGGAGUGGGCUGUCAACGUGCAACCAUAUUCUGGAUCACCUGCGAAUUUUGCUGUUUACACAGCAUUGCUUAGUCCCCAUGACCGAAUAAUGGGUUUAAGUCUUGCUGCCGGUGGCCACCUCACACAUGGGCACUACACAGCUCAAAGAAAAGUUUCUGCAACGUCCGUGUAUUUCGAGUCCAUGCCGUACUCGGUCGACAAAAACACAGGUCUCAUUGACUAUGUGAACUUGCGGAAGCAAGCCUUAAUUUUUCGGCCGCAGCUGAUUAUCGCGGGGGCAUCUGCGUAUCCCCGGCAAAUCGACUGGGGCUCUUUCCGGCAAAUAUGUGAUGAGGUCGGUGCCUACCUUAUGGUCGACAUGGCACACAUCAGCGGCUUGAUAGCUUCUGAACAGCACCCUUCUCCGUUUUCGCAUGCAGACGUCGUUACAACCACAACGCACAAGAGCUUGCGGGGACCCCGUGGUGGCAUGAUCUUUUCCCGCAAACAUCUGGAGAGACAAAUAAAUAAUGCAGUGUUCCCUGCUUUGCAAGGAGGCCCUCACAAUGCCACAAUCGGGGCUCUAGCUUUUCAGCUGAAGCAGGUGACGAGCCCUGAUUUCAAGAAGUAUUGUGAACAUGUCGUGGCGAAUUGCAGAGCUCUGGCCGCGUACUUGAGCGGCCGCGAGUGUUCUCUGGUUAGUGGCGGGACCGACAACCACCUCUUGUUAUGGGAUGUCAAGAGUGAGGGCUUGUCUGGAGCGAAGAUCGAGAAAGUCUGUGAGAUGGCUUCCAUCAUCGUGAACAGGAAUGCCAUUCCGACGGACGUUUCUCCGGUUUCACCUGGUGGCGUACGCCUCGGCACAUGCGCGAUGACAACCAGAGGUGCAGAUGAAGGGGACUUUGAACGUAUUGGGAGCUUCCUGCUCCGAGCGCGCGACAUUGCCAGACAAGUGCAGUCCCGGUCUGGAAACAAGCUCGCCGAUUUCUGCGCAUGCUUAUCAGACCCCGAUCUGCCCGAGAAAGAAGCACUUUCGGAGCUCCGCGCCGAAGUGGAAGGAUGGUCUUCGACACUCAGUUUCCCAACUUGA